AUGAAAUUCACUGCCAUUGCGACCCUCGUCGCGGCUGUUGCCGCCAUCCCUUACUCUCCUCCCGCCGACCAGCCUGAUGGCGUCUACAGUGUCAACUUCGACGAGGCUGGCCAGCCUCUCGUGCAACGCUUGGCCGAUCCUAACUAUGCUCCCGCCGCUGAGUCUCAAGUUGGCGAGGCUCAAGCUGUCGAGGCUGAAGCGACUCCUCAGCUGCUCAAGAGAGCUCGUGAACCUUACUGUAGCGGUCUAUACAUUCCUCAAGAUGGCUCGUACAAGCGAGUUCAAGACUGCCUAGGCAACUGGCUGGAUGCGAACUCAGGCAAUGUGAAAAGGGACGGCGGUGCCGUGAUCUACUGUCGCUCAGGCGAUACUUUUUUGGCCCUAUGCAGCUAUCCCGAGACGAUAUAUGGCAGCUCCAAGGAGAUUACAAACUUUAACGCAAACAUGGACGUAACAUGUGGCGCCUGGAAGUCUGGCUACGUCUUCUAUGAUGAAUGGAACAAAUCUUACUAUCGCACAAUGGCGGCCGAGCCCAUCUGCACCAACAUCGACGCUCAUGUCCAGCUGCCUUCUUGA